CUGGUGUCUGUUCUAUCAGGCCGCAAACCGACUCGUCCGGUCCCAUUCCCGCCCCCUCCUUUUGUUUUUUGUUCUGUCCAUUGAAACAGUCAUGCCAGCCACGUUUCGCAGACACCACAGCAAGGACGCAACAGCCACAAUUGGCCAGAGGGCGGCGCUUUGGCCUCGAAGGCAACUGCAUUCUCGUUCUCUGUCUUCACGUGUUCGUGAUUCUGUCUCGUUUUGUCGCCACUAGUACUUCAUUUGCCAGACAAGCAAAGAGGCCGGCAAUCAACAGUAUGCAGACAAGGAGAGACGCAGAGGUGGGACUACGAUCAGUACCACUGCUGUGCAACGGGGUCCCUGCACACACACAGACGCACACACACACUCUCACAUGAAGGCAUUCAUGGUCCGAAUCUCUUCGCCUUACUGCCUACUGACCAGAAGAUGUGCUGUCUGCGGGGAUCGGGAGGCACUAGCGGCGUUGGCAGAUGGUCCAUCGGGCACAUGGGUCGCCGGGCGAUCUCAUACUGCUUGAAGGACGUUUGAUACGUUGACCUGCACUCAGCAGAUGAUGGCAUGCAUGGCAUGCAGCCACAAUCGAUAGAGGAACAUGGAUGCUGCACGCUCAUUAUACCCGAAGUCACGGUUGUCGGGCUGUGCGACCCUUGCGCCUCGCGGCAUCGGCGCCUGACGCUCCAGCUCCCACUGUUUGUACGUCUCGCCAUAGGUGGAUGUGCCCUCAAAUGGCAGAGGAGGCGCUGCACACACACACAUGCCAAGCCAUCCUAUUCCCCCACCCACCAGCGCAUCGACAUGUGUCUGUCUCUGUUGUUAGUUGUCACUUACGGGCCUGCACGACGGGCUUGACGGACUGCGCCUUGCAGACGGGCUUCUCGUCGUGAGCCUCGCGGUAGCUCGACACGGCUUCGAACUUUGCCGGACUGCACAACACACAGACGGAGGGAGAGGGAGAGGGAGAGACAACAGUCGCCGUGGCUGCCUCGAUGGAUGCUAUGCUCGUCGUCUCACUUGGGUGUCCACUGCAUCUUCUCGGCGCGGCGUUUCUCGGGCAGCGCCUUGUGGUCGAAGUCAUUCUGACACGACAGACGGACACCAUCACAGAGUGACGGCAAUGCAGCUGGCUCCUCUGUGUGUGUGUGACCCUGUAUGUGGAGGCGCCCUGGAAGGGCAGAGACACGGGCUCGUUGACUGCCUGAGGGCGCCUGGGAGGGGGCAGCUCCCACUGCUGAUAGUCAGAUCUACACACAUACACGCGCACACACGCCACGAUUGACCAAGGAUGCAGGCAGCGCAUCAGACAACAAACUUCCCUAGGCAGGCAUACUAACUUGUGUGUGGAGGUGCCCUCGAACUUGAGCGGCGCGUAAGGCCUGGGCGGCUGCACGACUGCCUGUGUCCUCGGCACCUCCUUGUGUGUGUACUCCUGCUUGUACGUUGACGCCCCUGUACCCAGGCUUCGGCUAUCGGGAGGCACUAGCGGCGUUGGCAGAUGGUCCAUCGGGCACAUGGGUCGCCGGGCGAUCUCAUGCUGCUUGAAGGACGUUUGAUACGUUGACCUGCAGUCAGCAGAUGAUGGCAUGCAUGGCAUGCAGCCACAAUCGAUAGAGGCACAUGGAUGCUGCACGCUCAUUAUACCCGAAGUCACGGUUGUCGGGCUGUGCGACCCUUGCGCCUCGCGGCAUCGGCGCCUGACGCUCCAGCUCCCACUGCUUGUACGUCUCGCCAUAGGUGGAUGUGCCCUCAAAUGGCAGAGGAGGCGCUGCACACACACAUGCCAAUCCAUCCUAUCUAUCGACAUGUGUGUGUCUCUGUUGUUAGUUGUCACUUACGGGCCUGCACGGCGGGCUUGACGGACUGCGCCUUGCAGACGGGCUUCUCGUCGUGAGCCUCGCGGUAGCUCGACACGGCUUCGAACUUUGCCGGACUGCACAACACACAGACGGAGGGAGAGGGAGAGGGAGAGACAACAGUCGCCGUGGCUGCCUCGAUGGAUGCUAUGCUCGUCGUCUCACUUGGGUGUCCACUGCAUCUUCUCGGCGCGGCGUUUCUCCGGCAGCGCCUCGUGAUCGAAGUCAUUCUGACACGACAGACACCAUCACACACACACCAAUGCAGGUGGCCCCAUGGUAUGGUGAUAUCUCUGCUCUGACUCUCUCUCUCUCUCUCUGUGUGUGUGUGUGUGUGACCCUGUAUGUGGAGGCGCCCUGGAAGGGCAGAGACACGGGCUCGUUGACCGCCUGAGGGCGCCUGGGAGGGGGCAGCUCCCACUGCUGAUAGUCAGAUCUACACACAUACACGCGCACACACGCCACGAUUGACCAAGGAUGCAGGCAGCGCAUCAGACAACAAACUUCCCUAGGCAUACUAACUUGUGUGUGGAGGUGCCCUCGAACUUGAGCGGCGCGUAAGGCCUGGGCGGCUGCACGACGGCCUGUGUCCUCGGCACCUCCUUGUGUGUGUACUCCUGCUUGUACUCUGACGUCCCGACAGAGGGGCCAGGCACGCCGCUCACCGACUCGGGCAGCCGCAGUCGGCGAGGCGACACUGAUGUGCCUACAUCCACACACACACACACACAGAGAGAGAGAGAGACAGAGAGAGAGAGAGAGACCCUUAUGCAUCACGACGUACGUCGGUUGACUGACCGAUGCUCAGCCGGAACUGGCCCGUCGUGGUGAAGUCUUGGUUCUGGGGCAUGGCCCCCUGGGGCAGCUCGGCAGCCGUAGUCUGACUCACCAUUGUCGCCCAGCCACCUCAGCAAACAGCAGAGAACCUCAAGAUGCCUCGCAUGGGAUUGGUUUGCAAGAUGGCCCAGUGGCUAGAAUGUUUCACCACAAAAAACAACAAAACAAACCACCACAACAAACAACAAAACAG